GGCAUCCCGUAGCGUGGGAGUAACUAGGAAGUGUAACGGUAACUAUGGAGAGUCUGAAACAGGGGGAUUGAAUAAAAGCGAUUUUUCUGUGUAGAAACACUACACGUCGACUGAUUUUAACAAAGAUUAAGAGAAGGCAAUUCACUUUACCUCUGGAAGGGUCUAUGGCUCUGCCGACCUUCUCGGCCCAUGUGCCAAGCCGGUCCCGGGUGCUGGCCUCUCAGCUGGCCCGGCAGCGGGAGCAGGAGGCCCGGUGGCGGCAGCAGUGGGAGCUACAUGCUCAGUACUUCAGAGAGCAGAGUGUCCGCGGCCAGAGGCAGGCGGCGUGGAGCUCCCGUCACUCCUACCAGCAGAGUAUGUCAGCAUACCAUAAACAGAGACUGAAGGAGGAAAAGGUGGCCAGACUGGAGCAGCGCAGGAGUCGGCUCAGGGCCAUGCUUCAAGAGGAGCAAAACCGGCUGGAGGCAGAGCUCAGGGAAUUGGUUCCUGACAGGAACACAUUGGCAAGUCAGCUGGUGCAAAAAACUGAAGAGCUCCGUACAGCGAGGGAGGAAAGAAGAAAAAAGCUUGCACAAGAGCUGCUGAGGGAACACUGGAAGAAAAACAACCCAGAGUUGCGAGAGGUCGAGUCUGCAUUACAUAAAGAUCACGUUGUCAGCCAAUGGCAGGAGCAGAUAUCUGAGAAGAAGCAGCAAGAAGUGGCCGAACAGGAGGAGAAGAGACGCUUUGAAAAUGAGUACAAGAGGACCCGAAAAGAAGCUCUGGAGAGGAUGAAGCAAGAAGAGGAGAAAAAGAACGAAGAGGAGCGGAAGUGGAUGGAAGAACUUUGCAAACAGAUGGAAGAACUGAAGAUUAGGGAAGAGGAGGCAACUCGUCUAAAGAAGGAGCAAGAGGCUCUGCUGGUCAAGCAGUGGGAGCUGGAGAAGAUAGAGCAGGAAAGGAGAAAGGUGGAAGAGAGGCGAAAGAAGUCGGAGAUAGGGCAUUUCUUGAUUCGGCAGUAUCGUACUCAGCUGAAGCGGAGAGCCCAGCAAAUACAAGAGGAAUUGGAGGCCGACCGUAAGAUCCUGGCAGCCUUGUUGGAAGGGGAGCAGGAGGACAGGCGGAUGGAGACCACGCGAAGGGAAAGGGCCAUCGCUGACGCUGCCUGGAUGAAACGUGUGGUUGAAGAGCAGCUUCAGUUGGAACAGGAGAGGGAAGCUCAGUUUGACAUCCUACACAGAGAAGAAGCUCAGCAUGUUUGGGAGAAACGGGAGGCACAGUGGGAGAAGGAGAGGAAAGCCAGAGAACGGCUUAUGCGAGAGGUGCUUGCGGGGAGACAGCAGCAGCUGGAGCUGAAGAUGCAGAAAAACCGCGAGGCUCAGGAGGAGUCCCUGAGGAGACGAGAAGAGCUGAUCCAGGAGCUGGAGCUGGAGAGAGAGACCAGACGCCAGGAGAGGGAGCAAGACGAGGGCCGUAGGACAGCACGGAUGCAAGAGAUAAAUGCUCAGGUGGAGCAGAAACGCCAAGAGCAGUGGGAGGAGCAGUGCAGGAUAGAGCAGGAGGAGGAGGAGGACAGGGAGGCCCUUCAAAUCCAGGAGGAGGAGCUGAGGCAGGAGAUGCAGAGGAUGGCCAAGAAAGGAUACCAGGAGAAGAUUCACAGCAGACCUCGAUCAGCCUGGACAUGAGCAACCAGCAAGACUGAAAUCUUAUUUUUACUAACACUCAUGUGCCCAUAUGUAAAUAGAUGUUCCUGGUGUCCAUACUUGUUAUAAAGAGAUUCAAUCAAGUUAGUGAUGGGGACGCAGUCUUUAUACCCUAACAUAACCAAGCCUUUCAAACUUCAUCAAAACAAGUUUGAGUCUUUUAGAGCAAAAUUCCCUCCCUUUGCUCCUUUUUCUCACCUCUGGACUCCGUUUACUUGCUGAGCCAGAGAAGAACAACACUGCAGCCCAAACUCUUUAACACAAGCAGAGUUUGGAAGAUAUUUUUGGAAAUCUUCAGAAGACACACACUUGAUUUGAAUCACUCUAAGUUCUCCACAUGUGGGCAUGUGACUAUUGUUUUAAGACAGAUUUGGAAAAAAAUGUCUCUUUUAAUGAAGACUGAAACAUUCAUGUAGGUCAUCUUGAUGUAAAUAAGGUUUGCAUGUGUAGAAAAUAAUUGAUGGAUUUUUUUUUUUU